AUGCGGCUCUGGAGUUGGGUGCUGCGCCUGGGGCUGCUGAGCGCCGCGCUGGGCUGCGGGCUGGCCGAGCGCCCCCGCCGGCAGCGGGAGGCGAGGGGCGCCGCCGAGGAGCCGAGCCCGCCGAGCCGGGCGCUCUAUUUCAGCGGGCGAGGCGAGCAGCUGCGCCUCCGGGCCGACCUCGAGCUGCCCCGGGACGCGUUCACGCUCCAAGUGUGGCUACGAGCGGAGGGGGGCCAGAGGUCUCCGGCGGUGAUCACAGGGCUAUAUGACAAAUGUUCUUAUACCUCACGUGACCGAGGAUGGGUCGUGGGCAUUCACACCAUCAGUGACCAAGGCAACAGAGACCCGCGCUACUUCUUCUCCUUGAAGACAGACCGGGCCCGGCAAGUGACCACCAUCAAUGCCCACCGCAGCUACCUCCCAGGCCAGUGGGUACACCUAGCUGCUACCUACGAUGGGCGGCUGAUGAAGCUCUAUGUGAACGGUGCCCAGGUGGCAACCUCUGGGGAGCAGGUCGGCAGCAUAUUCAGCCCAUUGACCCAGAAGUGUAAAGUGCUCAUGUUGGGAGGCAGUGCUCUGAAUCACAACUACCGGGGCUAUAUUGAGCGCCUCAGUCUGUGGAAGGUGGCCAGGACUCAGCGGGAGGUACUGUUGGACAUGGAAACCCUUGGCCUCCACGCUCCUCUACCUCAGCUCCUCCUCCAGGAGAACUGGGACAAUGUAAAGCGUGCUUGGUCCCCCAUGAAGGACGGCAACAGCCCCCAAGUGGAAUUCAGUGGUACCCAUGGCUUUCUGCUAGACACAAGUCUGGAGCCUCCUCUGUGCGGGCAGACAUUGUGUGACAACACAGAGGUCAUCGCCAGCUACAACCAGCUCCCGCGUUUCCGCCAGCCCAAAGUGGUGCGCUACCGUGUGGUCAACCUCCACGACGACGGCCGUGAGAACCCCACGGUGAGCCGCCAGCAGAUCGACUUCCAGCACCGGCAGCUGGCUGAGGCCUUCAAGCACUACAACAUCUCCUGGGAGCUGGAGGUGCUGGAGGUGAGCAACUCCUCCCUGCGCCACCGCCUCAUCCUGGCCAACUGUGACAUCAGCAAGAUCGGGGACGAGAACUGUGACCCCGAAUGCAACCACACGCUGACCGGCCACGAUGGUGGGGACUGCCGCCACCUGCGCCACCCUGCCUUCGUGAAGAAGCAGCAGAACGGGGUGUGCGACAUGGACUGCAACUAUGAACGGUUCAACUUCGAUGGCGGAGAGUGCUGUGACCCCGAAAUCACCGAUGUCACCAAGACGUGCUUCGAUCCCGACUCUCCAUACAGAGCAUACUUGGAUGUUAAUGAACUGAAGAACAUUCUUAGACUGGAUGGAUCAACACACCUCAAUAUCUUCUUUGCAAACUCCUCGGAGGAGGAAUUGGCGGGAGUAGCAACUUGGCCAUGGGACAAGGAGGCCCUAAUGCACUUAGGCGGCAUUGUCUUGAACCCAUCUUUCUACGGCAUUCCUGGGCACACCCACACCAUGAUCCAUGAGAUCGGGCACAGCCUGGGCCUCUACCACAUCUUCCGAGGCAUCUCGGAGAUCCAGUCUUGCAGCGACCCCUGCAUGGAGACAGAGCCCUCCUUUGAGACCGGAGACCUCUGCAGUGACACCAACCCAGCCCCGAAACACAAGUUCUGCGGUGACCCGGGGCCAGGGAAUGACACUUGUGGCUUUCAUAGCUUCUUCAACACUCCUUUCAACAACUUCAUGAGCUACGCAGAUGACGACUGCACGGACUCCUUCACGCCCAAUCAAGUCGCCAGAAUGCACUGUUACCUGGACCUGGUGUACCAGAGCUGGCAGCCCUCCAGAAAGCCGGCGCCUAUCGCCCUCGCCCCCCAGAUCGUGGGCCACACGACUGACUCCGUGAGGCUGGAGUGGUUCCCGCCCAUCGACGGCCACUUCUUUGAAAGAGAAUUGGGAUCAGCAUGUGACCUUUGCCUGGAAGGGAGAAUCCUGGUGCAGUACGCCUUCAAUGCCUCCUCACCGAUGCCCUGUGGCCCAUCAGGACACUGGAGUCCUCGGGAAGCAGAAGGUCAUCCAGAUGUUGAACAGCCCUGUAAGUCCAGUGUCCGCACUUGGAGUCCAAAUUCAGCUGUCAACCCACACACAGUCCCUCCAGCCUGCCCUGAGCCACAAGGCUGCUACCUUGAACUGGAAUUCCGCUACCCCUUGGUCCCUGAGUCUUUGACCAUCUGGGUGACCUUUGUCUCCACUGACUGGGACUCUAGUGGGGCUGUCAAUGACAUCAAACUGUUGACUGUCAGCGGGAAGAACAUCUCCCUGGGCCCUCAAAAUGUCUUCUGCGAUGUCCCACUGACCAUCAAACUCCGGGAUGUGGGCGAGGAGGUGUAUGGCAUCCAGAUCUACACGUUGGAUGAGCACCUAGAGAUCGAUGCAGCCAUGUUGACAUCCAUCCCAGACAGCCCACUCUGCCUGAAGUGUAAACCCUUGCAGUACAAGGUGGUUCGCGACCCUCCUCUCCAGAUGGACGUGGCCUCCAUCCUACACCUCAAGAGAAGAUUCACAGACAUGGAUCUAAAUCUUGGCAGUGUGUAUCAGUACCGGGUCAUCACCAUUUCGGGAAGUGAAGAGAGUGAGCCGUCGCCUGCUGCCAUAUACAUCCAUGGAAGUGGGUACUGCGGCGAUGGCGUUAUCCAGAAAAGCCAAGGUGAGGAAUGCGAUGACAUGAAUAAGAUCAAUGGUGACGGCUGCUCCCUUUUCUGCAAACAGGAAGUUUCCUUCAAUUGCAUUGAUGAACCCAGCCGGUGCUAUUUCCAUGAUGGUGAUGGGGUCUGUGAGGAGUUUGAACAAAAAACUAGCAUCAAGGACUGUGGUGUCUACACACCCCAGGGGUUCCUGGAUCAAUGGGCAUCCAAUGCUUCUGUAUCGCAUCAAGACCAGCAAUGCCCAGGCUGGGUUAUCAUUGGCCAGCCAGCAGCAUCGCAGGUUUGUCGAACCAAGGUGAUAGAUCUCAGUGAAGGCAUUUCCCAGCAUGCCUGGUACCCUUGCACCAUCAGCUACCCAUACUCCCAGCUGGCUCAGACCACUUUCUGGCUCUGGGCGUACUUUUCUCAGCCAAUGGUUGCUGCAGCUGUCAUUGUCCACCUGGUGACCGAUGGGACCUAUUAUGGGGACCAAAAGCAGGAGACCAUCAGUGUCCAGCUGCUUGAUACCAAAGAUCAGAGCCACGAUCUAGGCCUCCAUGUCCUGAGCUGCAGGAACAAUCCCCUGAUUAUCCCUGUGGUCCAUGACCUCAGCCAGCCCUUCUACCACAGCCAGGCGGUACGUGUGAGCUUCAGUUCACCCCUGGUCGCCAUCUCGGGGGUGGCCCUCCGCUCCUUCGACAACUUUGACCCCGUCACCCUGAGCAGCUGCCAGAGAGGGGAGACCUACAGCUCUGCCGAGCAGAGCUGUGUGCACUUUGCAUGUGAGGCCACUGACUGUCCGGAGCUGGCCGUGGAGAACGCCUCUCUCAACUGCUCGAGCAGUGACCGCUACCACGGUGCCCAGUGUACUGUGAGCUGCCGGACAGGCUACGUGCUCCAGAUACAGCGGGAUGACGAGCUGAUCAAGAGCCAGACGGGACCCAGCGUCACAGUGACCUGUGCUGAGGGCAAAUGGAACAAGCAGGUGGUGUGUGAGCCGGUGGACUGUGGCAUCCCGGACCAGCAUCACGUCUAUGCCGCCUCCUUCUCCUGCCUCGAGGGCACCACCUUUGGCAGCAAAUGCUCCUUCCAGUGCCGUCACCCAGCGCAGUUGAAAGGCAACAACAGCCUUCUGACCUGUAUGGAGGACGGGCUGUGGUCCUUCCCAGAGGCCCUGUGCGAGCUCAUGUGCCUAGCUCCACCCCCGGUGCCCAACGCAGACCUCCAGACGGCCCGGUGCCGAGAGAACAAGCACAAGGUGGGCUCUUUCUGCAAGUACAAGUGCAAACCUGGCUACCACGUGCCCGGCUCCUCUCGGAAGUCAAAGAAACGGGCCUUCAAGACUCAGUGUACCCAAGAUGGCAGCUGGCAGGAUGGAGCUUGUGUUCCUGUGACUUGUGACCCACCUCCACCGAAAUUCCAUGGGCUCUACCAGUGCACUAAUGGCUUCCAGUUCAACAGCGAGUGUAGGAUCAAGUGUGAAGACAGCGAUGCCGCCCAGGGACGUGGGAGCAACAUCAUCCACUGCCGGAAGGAUGGCACCUGGAGCGGCUCCUUCCACGUCUGCCGGGAGAUGCAAGGCCAGUGCUCAGCCCCGGACCAGCUCAACAGCAACCUCAAACUGCAGUGCCCCCAAGGCUAUGCCAUAGGGUCGGAGUGUGCCACCUCAUGCCUGGACCACAACAGCGAGUCCAUCAUCCUGCCGAUGAACGUGACCGUACGUGACAUCCCCCACUGGCUGAACCCCACACGGGUGGAGAGAGUUGUCUGCACGGCUGGUCUCAAGUGGUAUCCUCACCCUGCUCUGAUUCACUGUGUCAAAGGCUGUGAGCCCUUCAUGGGAGACAAUUACUGUGAUGCCAUCAACAACAGAGCCUUCUGCAACUACGAUGGUGGGGAUUGCUGUGCUUCUACAGUGAAGACCAAAAAGGUAACUCCCUUCCCUAUGUCCUGUGACCUACAAGGUGACUGUGCUUGUCGGGACCCCCAGGCCCAAGAACACAGCCGGAAAGACCUCCGGGGAUACAGCCAUGGCUAAGGAAGGGCAAGGAGUUGUCAAAGAAUUCCCAACGCCAGGACCCGCAUCCCUUUGGUAUUGAUUUCACAGUCAGCUGCUCAACGGAAUGGCCUCUCCACACCAGGGAUCCUUAGCACCCAACCGGUCUGCCUUUAAUUUCACCCAGGAAGGACUCAUAGUGGGGGCGCAUGAACCAAGUCUUGCCAUGUUGAAUGAUGGAAUGGAAUCCCAUCCUAAAGUCUUAGAUGGAUUGCAUAUACAGCAUGCAGUCCCAGAGCCUCCUAAAAUUCUAACCAUCUGUUACACAACCACAGCAAGAAACAUAUUCUGUAUCUAGGAGUGUGCACAUCUGUGGUUAGUACACAUGCAUGUAUACGCACCCAUAUAAACACCUGUGUGAGGGCAGUUUUGGAGACUGAGCAGAGAGAGAGACUAGAACAAACUCAAUUUUUCCUUUCCCAAGCUCCUAGCCAACACUGUCCUUGGGAGAAAGAGAGUUGCAGAAACUGCUAAGACCAGUUUAUUGUUGAGAUGCCAAGAUAGCUCAUGACCCGAGGCUUGGAAUAUGUAGGUCAUGCACAAUUGUAUAGUCCUUUGGGAUUGGAAGUGAAAUGGUCUCUGAUCACCUACCUUCUAGGGAAGUAGGACCCAGGAAGAAGAAUCCAAGGUAUGAAAGCCCACAAAUUCUGCUGCUGCCAUGGGGGAUUUUACCCCAACUCCAGGGUUCGAGGCCAAGCUGGAAAUGGCUUAGGAUUGCAAUAUCAAGGUAUUAUAACAGCCCCCUGCUUGAGGCUUAAGGCUUGAGGCCAUAAUAUCCCUCCAGGACCCACCCAUUCCCCAAACCUUGCCUUGGGACCACAUUUGCUGCUACUUUUCCUGCUGCUCUAUCCUAUACAUUGAGUACCCCAAGAUGGUAGGACUAGGUUAGAAAAAACCCCACACAACCAAACAGUCUGCCUUAAAAGUGACCCACAUUUUUCCACAGCUCCUCACUUCUUAGCCCUCCUGCAAGAGAAAAACUCUCAUUGGCCCACAUGGUGAGAAGUUAAGUUCCCUAUGGGUAGGCUUCUCAUCCUGGAAAGGAGUUGAGGGACUUAGGAUGCUGAAACCUUCACUGAGAGUCCAGAAUGUCUAAGCCAGUGUUAGAUUUUAUAAUCAAGUGGAACAGUGUUAAAUUUCUAUGAUGUUGGAGCCAUUCAGAGACUGUUGGAAUUGUAGGGACUCUUGAGUUAUUAUCCUUAUCCAAGCCUUCCUGGCCUGCCAGGCUAGAGCAGGCUUUGGUCCUGAGGACCUCACUGUUGCUCUGAGUAGCUAUAAUUCUGGAACAGAACAUCAUCUUGGAUAUGAUCAAUCUAGACUAUGUUCUUGAGGACCAUCAGAGGAAAGCCAAAGAGUUCACAGCCUCAGUCCCCAACAACCUAACAUGGUCAUCAUGUUUCCCACAUAGUCUUCCCACUGCCAGGACGCCCAUCCACACCCGUGGUUGGGCAACCCUUUCCUCUCUCCCAUGUUCAGCCUUCAAAAGUUAAGAGGAAAUCAGUCAAAUGCAAGUGGAAGCCCCCACCUCUUUGGGGUCUUCUUGCCUCUUUUAAGCCAGUUACCUGUCUAUUGCUUUUGAAUUAAUAUGGAAAGAAGUUAAUACAAAAUGAAGUGGAGAGAAUGGUUAAGUUUGACAUAAUUUCUGAGACCUGGAACUGAGAAAAUGAGGCAAUGGAAGGGUUUAAACUAGAUGUAUCACAUAAAGGUUGCUGUAAGUCAAGUCAUCUCAAGUCUAGUGAAGACAACCAACAAAAAAAAGUCUAGCAUAGAAAUGGAAAAUACCAGGCACAUGUGCUGACACUACUCAUUCCUGUAUCCAAGGCAAGCAUUGUUAAUCAGUCAUAACCCUUUUUCCUAUGGGGACCAAAAAUAACUUCAGAAACCUUCUUACUAUAUCACUACCAACAGCAAUUACCUGCUGAUCAAGAACACUUGAGAAAACAUCUAUUAGCCAUCUGUGGUCUAUUAUAUUAAGAAAUAUAUCAAGGUGCUUUUUGCACAGGUGUCUACAAAUAAGGAUGCAGUGCUUCGAUAGUUUUGUGUGGUUUGUACCAUAUUACAAACUCUGAGAUUGGGUUCCAGAAUGGAGAGGCUGCCACCAUUGUUAAGGUCAGGCUCAAAUCCUUUAUGUUUCCUCCUUACAAACUCCUAUCUCAUUUAUAUUCACAGCAUUUUUUUCUGUAAUUACCAGGACCAAUCCUUAGCAAAAUAAUAAUAAUAAUAAUAAUAAUAGAAGAAUUGAUCUCAUUUUGUACCCCUCUCCAGUAUCUUAGAACUCUUGCCAACUCUUAAAGCCCUCUUCUUGCCCUAGCUGAGUUAUCAACCUGUGUGGUGUUAGCUUAGAAGAUAUGAACUAAGAAAGGUAACAGCGUCAGCCCUCCCAGUUGCUUUAUUACACCAAUAAGUA